AUCGGCGACAGUGUUAAGUCUAGGUCUUCUUCUUCGGCGUAGUUUUUUUCCCGGCUCGAGAAUAUGGGGCUGUCCUUUGGAAAGUUGUUCAGCAGGCUCUUUGCCAAGAAAGAGAUGCGUAUCCUCAUGGUGGGUCUCGAUGCUGCUGGUAAGACUACGAUCCUGUACAAGCUCAAGCUUGGAGAGAUUGUGACUACGAUCCCAACCAUUGGUUUCAACGUGGAGACUGUGGAAUACAAGAACAUUAGCUUUACCGUGUGGGAUGUCGGGGGUCAAGACAAGAUUCGUCCAUUGUGGAGGCACUACUUCCAGAACACUCAGGGACUUAUCUUUGUGGUGGACAGCAAUGAUCGUGACCGUGUUGUGGAAGCCAGGGAUGAGCUUCACAGAAUGUUGAACGAAGAUGAGUUGAGAGAUGCUGUGCUCCUCGUCUUUGCUAACAAGCAAGAUCUUCCAAAUGCGAUGAACGCCGCUGAGAUAACUGACAAGCUUGGACUUCACUCUCUCCGUCAACGACACUGGUACAUACAGAGCACAUGUGCUACCUCCGGAGAAGGGCUUUAUGAGGGACUUGACUGGCUCUCUAACAACAUCGCAAACAAGGCUUAGGAGAGCAUUGUGUGGUUUGGUUUUAAUCGAGGAGAGUCUUGUCUUCUUCGUCUCUCUCUUUUGUUCUUUCUUCUCAAACUCUUAUCAUUUCAUACUCUUUGUUCUUCGCUCUAAUAAUUCACGAGUUUUUUC